UAUCUAUAUUCGUACGACGUGUUUUUAUAUUCUUUGCUUGAACGAAACUAAUUUAUUUCGCAUUAUAACGGAUCAUCACUUUUGUUUUAUUUGCAUAUGAAUCAAUAGAGAUUUGCACAACUCUAUAACUCUUAGAAAGUUUUAAUGUUGCUAAUUAAAAGUUUUAAUGUUGAUAAUGUUGUGUUGGUAAUUUUUUAGUGCCUGCAGAAUUAUCUUAAUUAACGAUUCAAAAUGAGCAAUCUGAAAAAAAAAUUUAUUGACAAAAGAAAUUCUGUAACUUUCCAAGUUGUCCAUAGGUCUUUAAAAGAUCCUUUGUCAGCUGAUGAAACAGCACCACAGAGAGUGCUUGUUCCUGUGCCUGACAAGAAGUCCACAAAACAACAAAUAAACGACAAUUGUGAUCUAAAAAACCAAAAAGAAGAACAAAAAAAAUAUGGUGUUUUUUUUGAUGACGAUUAUAAUUAUCUUCAACAUUUAAGAGAUGUAACUAAGUUGCAUUCAGAAUGGGUUGAAGAAAAAUGCACCGCCAAACAAAGAAGUUCUAUUGAUGGACAUAAUUAUAAAAUAAGCUUACCUUCUUCAGCCUUUGAGAGUGGUAUUGAAGAAAAAGUAGGUCUUUUUAAUAAAGUAUCUCCAGAAUUAAACAUUCAACUGGAAUCUUAUGAUCCAGAUGUCAUUGCUGCCUUAGAUGAUGAUUUUGCCUUUGAUGACCCUAAUAAUGAGCUAGAAGAUAACUUUGUUGAAUUAGCUGAAAAAAAAUCACUUCAAGAUAUUAUAUUAAGUAACAGAGAGUUUAAUGAGGAAUCAUACUUACAUAGCAAUACUACAAAUAAUUUUAAUGCUUUUAAGAAUAUUAAAUAUGCUGAAGAUUCACAAUCAUGUUUUACUGCAUAUUCUAUGAGUAGCAGUAUUAUAAAAAGGAAUGAUAAACUUAAUCUUCUAGAUGAUACAUUUGAAACAACAAUCCUGCUGAUGACAAAAUCCACA